CGCGGGAGAGCUUAGAGCGGCGGCGGCGGCGGCGGCGGCAUGAGCGGCGAACUGGAGCGGGAGAUACGGCAGCUGCAGAAGGCGCGGGCACGGGCUCGGCACGGGGGGCGCCCCCAGGAGGAAGCCGCCAUCUGCAACCAGCUGGGGGAUGCGCUGGCCCGGCAUGGGCGGUACCGUGAGGCGCUGGAGGAGCACCGGCAGGAGCUGCGCCUGCUGGAGAGCGCGGGAGACGUGCUGGGCUGCGCCGUGGCUCACCGGAAGAUCGGGGAGCGCCUGGCCGAGCUGGAGAGCUACGAUGCGGCGCUCAAGCAUCAGCACCAGCACCUGGAGCUGGCCCGCUCCCUCUCAAACCACGCCGAGCAGCAGAGAGCCUGGGCCACCAUUGGCCGCACCUACAUGUUUAUCGCCGACAGCAGCCAGUCGGGCGAGGCGCUGCGGGAGGCUGAGCAGGCCUUCACAAGGAGCCUGGCCAUCGUGGACGAAAGGCUGGAAGGGGAGGUGCCGCCGCGGGAGCGGAGCGAGAUGCGGGCACGGCUCUAUCUCAACCUGGGGCUGGUCUACGACAGCUUGAAGGACCAGGGCCAGUGCAGCCGGUACAUAAGGAAGAGCAUCUUCAUCUCAGAGCAGAGCCGCCUCUUCGAGGACCUGUACCGCGCCUACUUCAACCUGGGCAACAUCCACCUGCGUGAGGAGCAGCACUCCAAGGCCAUGCGGUGCCUGGAGGGGGCACGGGAGUGUGCCCGCACCAUGAAAGAGAAGGGCAUGGAGAGCGAGUGUUGCACCAGCAUUGCCCAGGUGCUCCUCAGCCUGGGGGACUUUGUGGCAGCCAAACGCUCGCUGAGGAAGGCCCACCAGCUGGGCUCGCAACAGCCCCAGCAGCAAGAGAGCAUCCUCCGGAGCCUGCGCUACGCCACGAAGGCCAGCCGCCUGCAGGAGGCCCUGGAAGAGGCGGCGACGAGUGACCUGCAGGCAGCUCUGGGCCUGUGCGAGCAGUUGGGCGACCUGUUUUCUAAGCACGGGGACUAUCGGCGCGCCAUAGAGGCCUAUGAGAGGCAGCUCCGAUACGCUAAGGCCCUGCAGAGGCCGGAGCAGGAGCUGGCUGUGAUCCACGUCUCACUGGCUGCCACCUUCUGGGACCUGAAGGAGCACGCGCAAGCCAUGCGGCACUACGAGGCCGAGUUGGCACUACGUCAGGGCGUCCCGCUGGAGGAAGGGAAGACGUGGCUGAACAUCGCCCUGGUCAAGGAGGAGGCUGGGGAGGCCUGCCCGGCACUAGAGUCCUGUCUCCACAAUGCACUGGACUGUGCUGAGAGGGCCGGCGAGCCCCGGUUGCAGCGGCAAGUCCUGCAGCACCUGCUUGCAGUGCAGCAAAAGGAGGGCAGUGCCGAGAUUGCCAACACACUGGCCAGGCUGGAGGCCCUGGCUGGGGGCAGCACUGAGGAGGAGGAGGAGGAAGAGGAGCUGGAGAGCAGCGAGCCCCUGGGAGAGAGUGACCUGGAGCUGUCAGAGAGCGACGGGGAGGAGGACGACCUGGACGGCUACAACAAGAGUGUGCCCAGCCGCCGGAGGAUCAACAAGUGGAACCGGCGGAACGAACGUGGCGAGACCCCGCUGCACCGCGCCUGCAUCGAGGGGGACCUGCGCCGUGCCCAGCUCCUCCUGGGGCAGGGUCACCCUCUGAACCCACGGGAUUACUGCGGCUGGACCCCCCUGCACGAGGCCUGCAACCACGGGCAUGUGGAGAUCGUCCGCCUGCUGCUGGAGCAUGGGGCUGCCAUCGACGACCCGGGGGGGCCAGGCUGCGAGGGCAUCACCCCCCUGCACGAUGCCCUCAGCUGUGGCCACUUCGACGUGGCCGAGCUGCUGAUCCAGAAGGGAGCGUCGGUGGUACUGAGGAAUGCCAAGGGGCUGAACCCUCUGGACACCCUCAAGGACUGGGUGAACCUGUAUGGCCGGGACCUGGACCAGGAGACGUGGCUGAACUGCCAUGCCACAGAGCGCCUGCUCAGGGACGCCAUGGCAGGCCGAGCGGUGCAGCCCCCCCAGUCGUCCCAGGACAGUCAGCUCUUCGACCCAGAGCUCUCGGAGCCUUUGACUCCCCGCUUCUCUGCUCCUGCCACCCGGCCCCAGAGCGAAGGAUCCUCCAAGCAGCCGCCCGCACCGUCCAGGGUCCCGAGUGAGCGUGGGGGGGACAGGCCAGAGCCCCGUGGGCCUCAGUGGAGCUGGCUGGAGCACGGUGAGGAGCAGGACACCUGCAUGACCCCGCUGAGGCCUGUCAAGAAGAGGCAGCGGCUUCUGGCCCCGCGGGUGCCGGAAGAUGAGCAGACCCGGACUCCAGGAUUCCUUGAGCGGGAGAAGCUGGAGCUGCGGGUGCCUGGGAGCAGCCAGGCUGAGUACCAAGCAGCCAUCCGCAGCCUGGGCAGUGCCCAAUCCCUCCGCCCCCGGAGCCCAGAGCGGGGCCCACCUGAGCCCACAGCCCAGCCGGCCCUCAUCCCGGCUGACCAGUAUGUGGGGGACGACUGGCUGGAGGAUGACAUGGGGGCGAGCCGCGGGGGCCGCAAGCGGGGCCGCAGGGGCCUGGACGAGCUGCCCUCGGACUCAGGGGACAGUACGGGGCCCGAGAGUGACAGCGGGGGCCACCGCCCACCCGCACCCCCCCGGACCAGGAGGGUCAGGCAGAGCCGCCUCACUUGCAUCAUGGAGAGGACCCUGCUGGGCCGCACGCGUGGGGGUAGCACCCUGGGGGCUGCCCAUCCUGCAACCCCCAGGCUGACGGACAGUGGCGGCAGAGCCAGUGGCACGGGGGGCAGUGGAGAGAGCCCACCCCCACAGGUGAACAUCACACAGCCCCCACCACCACCACCACCACCACCACCCCCCAUCCGUGUGCGGGUGCGCGUCCAGGAUAACGUCUUCCUUAUCCCUGUGCCCCACAGGUAA